AUGAGUGGUGCCAAUUCCACCACGGACGAAGCCUCAGCCUCCGCAAGCGGCGCUCCUCGCCGCCCAACGACCGGUCCGUCGCCGUACGGUGUGGGUACGACCCCGAGCCAAUCGAUCCGGGUCAAGCGGCAGGGCCGGCAGGGGCAACGAGCCGACGCCGAGUUCCGACCUUCGCCAGCCCCUUCGUUGCCAGUAGACACGUCGAGAGGGUUCAGUGAACCCAUCGCUCUACAGGCCUCUCGUACGGACGACAACGCGCUCGAAUCGCUCAACACCAACCCGGACAGCGUAGAGACGAGAGCACGUGCUUCAACUAGCCCGAGUGGUGUAGUACCUAUCGGACGAUCCGGCACCGCGACAGGUCGACGACGAGGGUACAGCAUCACUGAACGCUUGUGGGGUGAAGAUGGUUAUCAACAACUCUCGCGGCCUCGACUCGGUAGCGCGGGGGUAUCGGCCUCGGCUUCGUCCCAACAGCCGUUGCCGUCGUCCGCGCAGGGCUCGGGCUUGCCCACGCUGUCAACUGCCGCCGAUGCAAACUUGAACCGCUCGCCGCCCUCGGCCAACGUCUCCAGGAUCGGUCGGGCGAGAGCGCCUUCCGUCGCUUCGACGACGAGUAGUAACAACCCCGUCAACGUCAUCAUACCUCGUGAAUCGGUAGGCAGGGCGAGGAGGUCUUCGAUCGUUGCUCAGGCCAUCUCGGAGGAGGAUCAUCAUGCCCAAGAGGUCGAUCUCGUAAGGGACUUGAAUCUUGACGAGCAGCGCUUGGCAAGUGCCAGAAGCUGAUCGCAUCCUCUCUGACAGCUCGAUGUUUUGGAUCCCGCCGUAUCAACGACCGCGACGUUGACCAACAUCCAAGGUGCUUUUUGGCCCAACAUCUUUGCUCGAAAGCCCAUCGUCGAAAUCGAACCUCUCUCACCCAUCGUCGAGACGCGAUCCAACGACCCCACCCGCAAACCUGAUGGCGAAUCAUCCUUGACGAUCGAAGAACACCCCCUGGCCAGAACGACGACGAUCAAUACUAUUCCGGAUGGGGAGGAUGAUGAAGAAGAGGAUGAUGAGGAUGAGGUCGAUUUGCUCGAUGAGCAUCUCAAGAAGUUGCUCAAAAAGCAGAAGAGGAAGGAAACGUUCAGGUUGCAGAUGCAAGGCAUCAAGGCAUUCCUCAAGACGCCCUUGGGCGUGUUCUUCUUCAUCUACGGCAGUGAGUUGCUGCACCCGUCAGAAAACCUUAUCGAACAGCUGACUGAUGUGGACACUUUGGCCUGUUGCCCAGUCAACGUCGUUGUAUGGGGUGCCGGUUUGGUGCUCUUAUUGAUGAUCCCCAUGGGCAGCUACGCGAAGAAACUCUGGGUCGAAGUCUGUUCCCAAGUCCUUACCGGCCUAUUCUGCGUCACCUCCUUAUUCCCCUUACCGUGGCGCCUCAUGGACGCUUACAACAUCUGCAUCAUUUGGCACUACGCCGUCGUGACGAGGAAACGAAGGGCUAGGAUUGGCUUACCACCUUUGAAGGAUCCGAAUGAUUUACCUGAUCCUGCGGAGGCCGAAUAUUGGAUUGGCGCUGGAGGGGAGAAGGUGAGUAGUAGCGGCGAUAGUCCCUGCUUCGAGUAGCUCGACUCUGACUCGGGGCACGCCUUGUGACAGAUGACGGGACCUCGAAUCGCUCCUGCGGUAGUCCCACCUCACAAGAGCAAGUUGCCCUGGAAGAAGAACAAGGACACCUCCCCAGACGCCAAUGGCACGACCCCCAACGCGGAUUCCAUCCCACUCGGAGUGAUCGAAUCACACGGCAGUUCCGACGGACUGGACGAAGUCGUCGUUCUCAGCGACAAGGAGGAAGCCAAGCUUCGUCACGCGCAAGCGAAAUUCGCUCGUUCGCAAAAUUACUACCGCCCCCAUACGACGCCGACGCAUCAUGCGUUCCCGAUCAAACAAGCGAUUUGGAUCUCGUUCUUCAUGAUCGGCAAUUCGGCUUUUCAAGCGAUCUUGUGUGGCGUGAUGUGGGGAUUGAACAGGUACGAUCGACCGCCUUGGACGACGGCUUGUUUGAUCCCUCUUUCGUUUGGGUGUGGAAUAGCGGGCGCGAUCUUGAUUUGGCAAUGCUCGGAAAGGACAAAGAGGAAGGCCGAGGUGACGGCGAAGGUUUGGAGGAUGAUGAAGAAGGAUGAGGAGGAAUUGCAGAAGAGGAGGAAGGAGGCGACUGACCGGAGGGUCGCGAGGCAUAAGGAGAAGAAACAUCGUCAUGGCCCUGCGGCCUUGGGGGCUUUGGCACUGGGGAGGAAGUCCAAGGUUGAUUUGGAGACGACCAAAGCGGCAAAUUCGUAG